AAUGCACGGCCUACUGAAACCAAAUUGUCGAGACAGGCCCGUAUACGCAAAAACAAAAAACUUAGGCGUGAUCAGAAACAAGCCGAGAUGCUUUAUGAGUUGGAUGUUGAUAUCCCUUUGCUAAUCGAUGAUAUUGGAGUGGACAAGUAUUCUCUCUGCUCUUCAGAUCGAGUAUCAACCAAAAAAAAUAAGACUCAGUACGACAUAUCGGCCAGAGAAUUGCUAAUUGAAGCUCUAAUUAGAGAAGCAAAAUCCUCUGACAAGAACGAUGUUGGCAUUGAGGGAUCAUCGCCUAAUACCACUAAUAAGCGAUUGUUGUUAUGGAAAAAACUCUGGUAUGCUCAUAAUAUCCAAAGUGAUAGGGAUUUUCAAGAUCUUUUUGACACAGCUACCGCUUUUAAUACUCGAAGAAAAAAGGCACAUCUGAUUAUAUCAGCAUAUCAUAAUCCCCAAUCGAUAAGUGAAUUGGUCCAAUUCAAACAUAUAGCAGAACCAGAGUACAUUACGAAUCUAAGUGGCCGAACAUUGGUUCACUUAGAGCAACUUGAUGACUACAAUGCCAUUAUACUUGCAACCAAUACUGUAAAUAAUUAUUAUUUCCAUACAAACAACUUGCUCCCUUUUACAAGCUCCAAUACUGCAAGUACGCAUAACAUUAAUCACUAUGAAUGCGUCAACAAAUUACUUCAAGGUCUCAAGGCAUUAUCGGACUGUGUCAACCGGUUCCUCCGAGACUAUUAUAGAAAUUUAUAUACAAAAUUGAGCAGGCUGUUAUGGGGUCCAUUUGCGCCAAAGCCCUUUGAAGUUUUCCCAAUGAUAGCUAUUAAUUUUAAUACCACUAGUGACUAUCAUUGGGAUGAGCAUAACGAGGCAAAUACUGAUUUUACUAAAGCUUAUAUUAAGGCUGGAAUUAAAAAAGGUGCUAAUAGACCAAUAGUUUCUGAGCAAGAUCUCAAUAAUGCUCAGGGUUUGAACUACCAGACUCAUCCUCCCAAACCGAAAGCAAAACAAAUACAGGUCCCUUCUGCUUUAUUAAUAAUCGACGUUUCUCUAGAUUUAGCACGUGCUCGACAAGGGUUAAAGGCAGAAGAUCUGCUUCCAGAUUUAUA